UGUCAAUCUCUCUCUCACCAAAUCAAGCAAUGUCGACGACGACACACCUCAACCGUUCGAUCUUGCUCUCGCUCCUCCUCCUCUUCCUUCUCACAACUUCCAUGGUUUCUUCUCGAACCGUUGGAUCAAACCGGACGAUGACAUCAAGAAACAUCCGUAACCGAACUCACCGAUUCGUCCCGAAGGUUCACCACCUCCCGUACUACGUGAAUCCUCACGGUUCGUGCCACACAUUCUCUCGUCCUUACGCACGUUCAAUGUGCCUUGAGCUUCAAAGAAUCCACCGUAACAACCGGAAGAAGCCACUUGUUUCCCCUCCUCCGCCGGAGAUUGAUCCAAGGUACGGCUUCGAGAAAAGACUCGUCCCUUCCGGUCCAAACCCUCUUCACAACUAAAAACUCUUGACGUUGUAUACAUAAUAUACAAAGAUCGUAGUCAU